AUGACGUUGGCUGAACUGAGCCAAGCCGAGUUUCGGAGAUUGCCAAUGUUGUGCCAGUGUCGUUGCGAUCAUGAGAGCACUGGUCAGACAUGUGCCCUCUCUCUUUCUAUGAUUUGUAGGCGUUGUGCAGCAACGAUUGGCAGUUUCGAGAAAGAAGGUGUUCACAUGGGCAAUGACCAAGGGCAACGGUGGUUGUUAAACAGAGGCAUUUUUUAUACAAUGUCAGAACCGGGCACAGCAUCAUCGCAGCUUGUUAAUUAA